AUGGUCUGCCUCAAGACUUUGUCCGUAUUCCUUGCGGCGUUGGCUGCUGCCGACGCUCGCGCUGUCUUCAAGGCUCAGAGCAACACUAUGGAAGUCAUUCCCGACUCCUAUAUUGUCGUGAUGAAAGAUGGUGUCUCCAAGGAUGAUUUCACUGCCCACGUUGCCUCCGUUGACCAAAUCCACAACACCAACAAGGCCAAGAGAGGUAGCAAGACGAAUGGUAUGCAGCGCAAGUUCGAUAUCAUGAACUGGAGAGGUUACAACGGUCACUUCGACCCCGAGACCCUCGAGGAAAUUCUCAACGACUCAAAGGUCGACUACGUUGAGCAUGACCAAGUUGUCAGAAUCUCCGGUUUGGUCACGCAGUCAAAUGCACCCAGCUGGGGUCUAGGACGUGUUUCUCACCGUCAAGCUGGAAGCCGUGACUACGUCUUCGACGAUUCCGCUGGCCGAGGUGUCACUAUCUAUGGUGUUGAUACCGGAAUCGAUAUCAACCAUCAAGACUUCAGAGGACGUGCUAGAUGGGGAACCAACACCGCUGAUCGCGAUAACGCCGAUCGCCACGGCCACGGAACCCACACUGCUUCCACCUUCGCUGGAACUGCUUAUGGUAUCGCUAAGAACGCCAACAUUGUUGCCGUCAAGGUCCUUGGCUCCGAUGGCUCUGGCAGCACCAGCGGUAUCAUCGCGGGUAUCAACUACUGUGUCCAGGAUGCCCAGUCUCGCGGAAUCCUUGGAAAGGCCGCUAUGAACUUGUCUCUCGGUGGUGGCUUCAGCCAGGCCAACAACGACGCCGUUACCCGUGCCCAGAACGCCGGUAUCUUCGUUGCCGUCGCUGCUGGAAACGAUAACAAGGAUGCCCGUAACUACUCCCCGGCCUCCGCCCCUGCUGUCUGCACUGUUGCCUCGUCCACCAUCAACGACAGCAAGUCCUCUUUCUCCAACUGGGGCCCAAUUGUUGACAUCUACGCUCCUGGCUCCGAUAUCAUUGCCGCCCGCCCCGGCGGUGGCAGCACCACCAUGUCCGGUACCUCCAUGGCCUCUCCCCACGUUGCCGGUAUGGGUGCCUACAUGAUCGGAAUGGGCGCCAACCCCCGCCAAGUUUGCGACCGCCUCAAGCAGCUCGCCAAUGCCGCCAUCCGUAACCCAGGAUCUGGCACCACCAACCGCCUCCUCUACAACGGCAGCGGCCGAUAA